GCUGAGUAAGCGAGUAUUCAUUCAGCGCGGGGGCUACUCGGGGGUCAGAAGCUGAGUAAGCGAGUAUUCACUCAGCAUGGGGGCUACCAGCGCGUCACAUUAGAGAAGAUGGUUCCUGUGUACUGAUGCGUAAACUCAGUCAUUAAGUUAAGGCCCCCAGUCCAUGAAAGCAUCUUCCCAGCGUCCCCCACACUCCUGCACCGAGCUCCAGAUGGAAACGGGUGCCUGGGCUUUCCUGCUCCAACUCGCUAAUCAACGCCAUUUGCACACAUGUGGUCUGCGUUUCGUGUCAUUCGUACAAAUAAAUAUACAGGUAUUUCCUUGGUGGAUACUUUUCCCUCAAGUGCCCUACGGAACAGUGUUACUGUAACCUGUAGGACAGUGUUAAUCUAUGGGACAGUGUUAAUCUAUGGGACAGUGUAAAUCUAUGGGACAGUAUUAAUGUAACCUGUGGGACAGUGUUAAUCUAUGGGAGAGUGUUACUGUAACCUGUGGGACAGUGUUAAUCUAUGGGACAGUGAUACUGUAACCUGAGGGACAGUGUUAAUCUAUGGGACAGUAUUACUGUAACCUGUGGGACAGUGUUACUGUAACCUGAGGGACAGUGUUAAUCUAUGGCACAGUAUUACUAUAACCUAUGGGAUAGUGUUACUGUAACCUGAGGGACAGUGUUAAUCUAUGGGACAGUAUUACUGUAACCUGUGGGACAGUGUUACUGUAACCUGAGGGACAGUGUUAAUCUAUGGGACAGUAUUACUGUAACCUGUGGGACAGUGUUACUGUAACCUGUGGGACAGUGUUACUGUAACCUGAGGGACAGUGUUAAUCUAUGGGACAGUGUUAAUCUAUGGGACAGUGUUACUGUAACCUGAGGGACAGUGUUAAUCUAUGGGACAGUGUUACUGUUACUUGUGGGACAGUGUUAAUCUAUGGGACUGUGUUACUGUAACCUGUGGGACAGUGUUAAUCUAUGGGACAGUGUUACUGUUACUUGUGAGACGGUGUUAAUCUAUGGGACUGUGUUACUGUAACCUGUGGGACAGUGUUACUGUUACUUGUGGGACAGUGUUAAUAUAUGGGACUGUGUUACUGUUACCUGAGGGACAGUGUUAAUCUAUGGGACAGUGUUACUGUAACCUGAAGGUCAGUGUUACUGUUACUUGUGGGACAGUGUUAAUCUAUGGGACUGUGUUACUGUUACCUGAGGGACAGUGUUAGUUGCAUACGGGACAGUUUUACUGUAACUUGCAUUUAGAGGGAUGGCAGAUCAGCUAGUAUAUCAAACUACUUCUCUGCAUUGGCUAGUCUUUACACAUCCGGCUUUUUCACCAAGGUGUGGUCACUGCCAGUCACAGAAAAGCCCCACUGCUGAAACGCCUUGGCUUACCCCUGUACCGUGACUAUGACCUGGAGUCAGACUGAACGUUACUGCAUCUGGAAGACCAGCACGCCUAGGGAUGUGGCCCGAGUGCUGUCUGACAUGAGGAAUCUCCCAGCGUGGAAAUAGGAACUUGUGGGUGAGGCCUGUCUUUGUCAGGUCCUACUGAAACAAACCAAGAAGUUCGAAUGAGAUUAAAAGGUCAAGCAAGUCAAAGCUCCACUGAGCAAACUGGGUAAGGGUGAUUGAGUUAGAGUAUUAUUAUAUUUAACUCCAAUCUGAGCUAAUGCAUACAUGACUGAAGAGAAAUUCAAAUGAGACUAUAUUAGGCAGAGACCUAAUGGCGGAACACCGAGAUUCCAUAUGGAAACUCCAGAAAUGGUCGCACACCAUCAUAAUCUGACUGAGUGUCCCAUUUCACAAGCUGGGCAGGUCGGUCGGCAACCACCCACCAUCGAGAUGCGGAGGUGCGUCAGGCGGCAGGGGAAAGCGAACGGCAUGACGGCCCGGGGUGUAGAGCUGAGAGGAGGCCAGAGAUCGAAGAGACUGGCACUCAUCUCCAGGUCUCUGAUCCUGUGCAAGACCGUGCCCAGCGAUGACGGCUCCAACCAGAACGAAAAGCCCACCGGCCACUGGACGUCCCCCGAGGAAAACCUUUCCUGUACAGAAGAGGCCCAUAUGGAAUUCCCUCAGCAGAACCAGCAUCCUAAGGAGGGCAGCCUAAGGAGGAGGUUUUCCAUAAAGGAGAGCAGCUUCUGGAAAAUGUGCAUGGCAGCUGGAGGAGAUCGUUCAGAAGGCAUGGCCCACUCCAAGGACACAAGGUCACCUGCUUGCCAAAGGAGCAGUGGUGGAGCUGCAUGCAGACAGCCUGCCGAUGGCUUUUCGGAGGACAAACCCCUGGCAUGCUCAAGCUCACGGACUACGCCUCAAGAGACCUUCGGUGAGCUGGUCUCUGUGCUGACGUCUGUCUUCAAGAAACCAAGUGUUGAUGUGAACGGUCAGAGUGGAGCACACUGGAAAGUGCCAGAAGGCCGUGCUGAGAACUCUUCUUCCUGUAAAAGGACUAGAUCCAGUCCCACUGAUAUCGAGUCCUACUGUGCUGAAGACUUUGAUAGCCGCAUCGUGAUGAGACCAGAGGUCUACUGCCUUCAUAACCAUGGCAAUACUGGCUUCUACGGAAACAGGAAGUGUCUCUCUCAGCAGCUGGACCUUCCCAAAGGAAUACAGCAGCAGGACAGCCCUAGACCACUGCGCUCUCUAAGCUCAGCCCUCCUGCCCCACUGCAACAGCAACAUGCAGGCCUAUGUCAUCUGCAGCAUCGUCCUGAUGAAGGGUAACGGGAAGGGACUGGGCUUCAGCAUCGUAGGUGGAAGAGACAGUCGUAAUGGACCAAUGGGAAUCUAUGUUAAGACCAUCUACGCUGGAGGAGCUGCAGCCUCCGACGGUCGGCUACAGGAAGGAGACGAGAUCCUGGAACUGAAUGGAGAGUCCCUGCAUGGCCUGACUCACGAAGGCGCCCUGAAGCAGUUCAAACAAAUAAAAAAGGGGCUGCUCACCCUUGUGGUACGGACCAGCCUACGCCAGGGGGCGCUGUCGAGCCGAGCCCAGGCCUCCAAGCUGUGUCGCUCCCGUUCUCUCAGCUCUGGCACCAGCAUUAGCAGGGGGAGUGUGGACCUGGGCGACUACAGGCUCUCGGCCGACCAAGCCAGCCCGACCAAGCCCAAGGACCGCGUCAUGAUCGAGAUCACUCUGCAGAGAGAGGCUGGAGUGGGCCUAGGUAUCGGCCUUUGCUGCGUUCCUUCUCAUGAGGGCUGCCCUGCCAUCUACAUCCACACCCUGUCCCCAGGCUCAGUGGCCCACAUGGAUGGCCGGCUCAGGUUUGGUGAUGAGGUCAUUGAGAUCAACGAUACCGUAGUCCACAACCUGACGCUGAAUGAAGUCUACAGCGUCCUGAGUCAGUGCAACCCAGGACCCGUACAGAUCAUUAUCAGUCGUCACCCAGACCCAAACGUCUCUGAGCAACAGCUAAAUGAGGCUAUAGCUCAAGCCAUCGACAGCAGCGAACUGAAGAAGGACAGCAGCCCAUGGAGCGUGGAAGGCCUGAGAAGGUUGGAUUCGUGCUCCCAGAGGAAGCAGAAGUGUGAGUUCUGCGAGGAGAGUACUUUCUACCAGCUAAACUCACGGACUCAGUGGGUCAUGACCCGUUCCAGCAGUGACAGCGCUUACAACCACUGCUUCCACAACGUUAGCGUGCAUGAGCAUCAUUCAUACUGCACCCACAACAACCACUCCUGCACUGACAGCAUGUCCAAUAAUAAGACAUGUAGCGACAGCACCAGUGACCACUACUGUACCGGCGAGACUACCCAGUCUGCCUGUGACAGGACCUACAACCAUCGCUGCAACAGCCGCAUCCUCAGCCAGCGUUCCUUCAGCGAUAGCUCCUACAACCAUGCCUACAGUGAUAUGAAGACCAACAGCCACCAAAGCUUUAAAAGUCACACCUACAGCCAGCAAUCCUCCAAAGAUGAAUCUGGAAGCUAUGAAACUUUUAGCGACAGCACCAACAACCACAUCAACAUCAACCGAGGAGCUGAAGGAGCCAUUCACAUCUGCAAACAUCACCAGCUCAGCACCCAAGUGCAGACUGAGCCUGAACACAAGGUGCACGAAGCCGAGAGAGACUGUGCAGAUGAUUACUUUAAUACGCGGCACAGGCACAACGAAUGCGGCCAGAUUUCUGCAGGUCUGGUUUUCCAGAGCACAAAUGGACCCAAACUGGCAACCCCUCCACAGAGACACAGCAGACUAAAAGAGGAGCCCAGUGACAACUCUGUGAGUGAGACUGGAGAGUGCACAGACAUGAUCCCCGCUAAACCAGGAGCCAGGCCUGCUACUCAGUCUAUCCAGCAGGAAGCAGAAGCCAAUCAUUCUUGCAUGGCACACAUAUGCCUUCCAACAGCACCUUCGAAGCAACUUUUAAACCAGGGGGACAUUACACCAGGCGCUGAAGCUCCCAGCCUUGUCUGCUGCCAGGACAGGAGGUCAGCCCUGACGAGGCAGGCUCGCGUAGUGCUGCCCCUGGAGCAGGACGAUCUGUGUGACGGCCCUGAUGGUCAGGGAGGGUCUGCCGUCUCGGGUACAGAACGUGGCCACGCUUCCACUGAGGCCCCCUUACCCUCUGACCCCAACCUGGUCGUGGGCAUUCGCUCCACCGCUGCCAACGCCCUCCACAAAAUGCCUGAGGAAUUUCCUAAUGGAAAGAAAGGCCCACCCGUGCCACCAAAGCCAGUCUGGAUUCCUCAGAGCCUUUGGGGUCAGAGCAGGAGGACGCAACCCUCUCCCCCAGAUUUUGGCAAGAACGUUACAUCAUGCACACGAGACACAUCAACAGCUCCAAAUGUAUUAAUAACACAAAAUGGUCGUGGUGGUACAGAGCCAGCUGAGAUUUCCAGGAGGAAGGUGCUGCCUUCCACAUCACUACCACUAAAGGACAAGCCCCCCCGGGCAGGACACAGCGCAUGUAAUAAGGCGAGCCUGAACCGGGCCCUCUCCUUCAGCCAGCAGGUGGUGCACACCCUACUCAGCUCACUGCAGGCUGGACCGGUGGAACCCGAUGUGUGCUUCAGGCAUCGACAUGCGCCCCCUACUGGGAUUCCUUUGUCUAAGGCUGAAGUGACCCUCCAGAUUAGCAGCACACAGGGAUUCUCUGUGAGCCUAGCAGACCUCAGGGAUGAACUCGGCAGGGCAGGAGACCUCCUGGAUGGUGAGGGAACUGGGCUACAGUGUCCCAGCCGCCCCCCCAGCCGAGCCCAAAGUGCCAUCUUAGCACUUCUGAGCCAUGGGAGGGAGAAGAUGACCCGAGAGGCCAAGCGUUCUCUAGACAGAGAAACCCGCAAGCUGUUUGAAGACAUUCACAUUAUUGUUCUACCCAAAGAGGAUGGAACUGAUCUGGGCCCAGCUAGGGGGACAAAGCACAAGAACAAAGCGACCGCUGUGACUAUAGAGAGGGGGGACGAGGUGCUGUCCAUUAAUGGCCGGUGGCUGAGCGGCUCGGCACAUGGGGACCCACCAGCCAGCCUACAGGAGGCCAGAAAGUCUGUCCCAGCCGUCGUGGUCGUGGUGCGUAAGCAGCGGGCAGCAGGAGGAACAUCCUGUGGCUCCGGCGAUCUCACGGAGUGCCUCACCUCAGGUACACAGAGAGAUGUUCUUCAGUCUAAACCCCUCAUUUAUUAUGAUCUAUGGGCUGCAAAAGGGAUGCAGGUGAGGAGUCGUCACCACAGGCACAAUUGUGAAGGUCACCAGAGUCCUAUCCUAGUUCUGUUCCUGAUAUGCAGACUCUCCUGCCACAGAUCUGGAGAACAGCAGAGGCAAAGGAUCCCUGUAUGGACAAGGGGGCGACAGGUCCUGUGAAGAGCAGAACAGAUCGAGAUCAUCUCUGGACCUGAGCUGCUGAGGCUGCGGAAGUCGGGCCACACACACGAGACCGAACGGGCCUUGGAAAGGUCACUGUUAAGGGGAAGGAUGUAACAGCUGCACACGAUGAGGAAGCCACCUCUGGAUCGACAACACAGCCCGUGCUGCACAAAGCAAGAGAACCGUUACCACGGAAGUCGACCCUACAUCCAACAGCAGACCAGAAGAAUGGCGCAGGAACCUCAGUCGUGAACUUAAGUGGGGAUACCUGAGCUUGUCAGUAGAAAACAAGAGCCAUCUGUUUUGGGUCUAUGCUGUUUUCACAAUGUACUGCAAAAAAAUGCAUUUAACCAAAGAUAGUGAAUGUACAGGCUUUUCCAUAGAGCGAAAGAUGAGAUGUAUUGUGGGAAGCUUUCAAGUGCCACGGAGCUCUAACCACUCUAAAGUAAUGUCACCACCGCACCCACCCGCUAUCUCAGCGCCCGUCCUGUGCACAUCGAUUCCCACGCAUCGUUAUACAGGUUAAGGCAGGGUAUUGGUUAUUUAAAAACCAUAUGCUUGUCACUGGUUUAUCUUUAUCAAUCUUUGUUUAGCAUAAAAUGUGCAAUUUUCCAUAUUUCACAAAUGUUGUGUGAGGUAUAAGCGCAUGUUAUUAAAAAUGUGGGUGUGUGCUUA